CAACUUUGGUUUCGGUUAGGAGAUACGACACAAAUAUUAUUUAAAAUAAAACUUUAGAAUAUCAAAUAAAAAUGAUUUUAAAUAUAGAUGGACUAAAAGUUCUUUUUCCAUAUGAAUACAUAUAUCCGGAACAAUAUUCAUAUAUGCUGGAGCUGAAAAAAGCACUUGAUGCUAAAGGGCAUUGUGUUUUAGAAAUGCCAUCGGGGACCGGCAAAACAGUAACGUUAUUAUCUCUGAUUGUUGCAUAUAUGAUAAAUAAUCCAGAUGAAGUAAGGAAAUUGAUAUAUUGUUCUCGAACGGUGCCCGAAAUAGAAAAAGUUAUAGCAGAAUUGAAAAAUUUAAUAUGCUACUAUAGGAGACAUGGAAGUAAUAGAAUAGAAGAUGUGAUUGCGUUGGUUUUGAGUUCACGGAAAAAUUUAUGCAUCCAUCCAGAAGUUAAUAAAGAACUUGAAGGUGAAUCUGUAGAUGCAAGAUGUCAUGGUUUAACAGCUAGUUAUGUUAGACUACGGCAUGAGAAUGAUAGUAGUGUACCAUUAUGUCAGUAUUAUGAAGGAUACACUUCAGAAGGAAAAGAAAUGAUAAUACCGGCUGGAGUAUAUAGCAUAGACGAUUUGAAGGAAUUUGGUAGAUAUAAAAAUUGGUGUCCGUACUUCACAGCCAGAUGUGCUGUCAAUUAUGCAAAUAUUGUUGUAUAUAGUUACCAUUACCUAUUGGAUCCUAAAAUAGCUGGUGUUGUGUCGAAAGAAUUAGCUAAAGAAUCUGUAGUUGUAUUUGAUGAAGCCCACAACAUUGACAACGUUUGUUUGGAUGCAAUGAGUGUAAAGAUCAAUAAACGAACAAUAGAAAAAAGCACAACGGCUUUAAAUAAUUUGGACAAGUGUGUUCAAGAUGAAGAUAACAUAACAAGAUUAGCAGAAGAAUACCACAGGAUGGUAAAAGGUUUAAAGGAUGAAAAAAUAGCUAGAGAAACUGAUAUGAUAUUAGCCAACCCACUCUUACCGCAGGAUAUUUUGCAUGGCGCUGUUCCUGGAAAUAUUCGUCGAGCGGAUCAUUUUUUGAGACUCCUUCGCCGUGUUAUUGAGUACAUCAAAACUAGAUUAAGGGUUCACCAGGACACACAAGAAUCUCCAGCUUCUUUUUUAAAAGAUGUUUCAAAUAAAGUUUGUGUAGAUCGUAAAACACUGCAGUUUUGUGCUGAGAGACUAGCAAGCUUAUUAAGGACGUUAGAAGUAACGGAUAUGAGAGAAAUAAGUGCACUAGUAGUUAUAACAUAUUUUGCAACAUUAGUUUCAACAUACACUCAAGGGUUCAAAAUAAUAAUAGAACCGAAUGAUAAUAAAGCGCCUUCUGCUUCAAGCCCAGUUUUAUAUUUCAGUUGUUUAGAUUCAUCAAUAGCCAUAAGUCCAAUAUUUAAACGUUUUCAAUCUGUUGUAAUUACAUCUGGUACUCUCUCCCCUAUGGAUAUGUAUCCAAAAAUAUUAAAUUUCCUUCCAGUAAGAAUGUGUUCUUUUACAAUGACUUUAGCGAGACCAUGUGUUCUUCCAAUGAUAAUAUCCAAAGGAAACGACCAAGUUACAAUAACAUCUAAAUUUGAAACAAGAGAAGAUACAGCAGUUUUACGAAAUUAUGGUCAAUUAUUAGUUGAAACGGCAAAAAUUGUACCAGAUGGAGUAGUAUGCUUUUUUACUUCGUAUUUAUAUUUAGAAUCAGUGGUUGCGUCAUGGUAUGAUCAAGGAAUAGUUGACACGUUAUUAAAAUAUAAGUUAUUAUUUAUAGAAACUCAAGAUAACGCUGAAACUAGUUAUGCUCUAAUGAAUUAUAUAAAAGCUUGUGACUGUGGUCGCGGAGCAGUAUUGUUAGCAGUGGCAAGAGGAAAGGUAUCAGAAGGUGUAGAUUUUGAUCAUCAUUAUGGUCGUGCUGUUCUUAUGUUCGGAAUACCUUAUGUUUAUACACAAUCAAAUGUCUUAAAAGCUCGACUUGAAUAUUUACGUGAUCAAUUUCAAAUUCAUGAAAAUGAUUUUCUUACAUUUGAUGCUAUGAGACAUGCUGCGCAAUGCGUUGGAAGAGCUUUGCGUGGCAAAACAGAUUAUGGCAUUAUGGUAUUUGCUGAUAAAAGGUUUGCUCAUCCAGAUAAAAGAAAUAAAUUACCAAAGUGGAUACAGGAACAAUUAAAAGAUAGCUAUAUAAAUUUGAGUACGGAGGGAGCUAUGAAAAUAGCAAGAAAGUGGUUAAAAUAUAUGGCGCAACCAUUUCAACGAGAAGAUCAGUUGGGUAUUUCUUUAUUAACUUUGGAACAAUUAGAAAAAAAACAAAAAGAAAAACUAGAAAAAGAACAAUCAAAAGACAAUGUGGAAGAACCUAUAAUCAUCGAUUUAAUUGAAUAAACUCACAUAUGUAUGUAAUAUAUGUAAAAACUAAAAAAUAUAUGUAACGUA